AUUCCCAAUGACCCAGAGUGCUGUGAUUACAAUACACUGCUACAAAAGGGGAGAUGGGCCGAAAAACUAAAUCCAGACAAACCCAGACCUGGGGCAAAUAUCGGCAAUCUGUUCUGCCAAGUGCAAGGCGCACAUGGGCCCAAAAUGGCCACCGGCUUAGAAGAAUUCACAGACUCUUCGGACAACCUGAGCCUGCAAGACUGCUCUGGCG